AUGACAGUCAACACCUACAACGUCAAGCGCCUGGCGCACAACCUCAGCCGCUCCAGCACCGAACAGACUUGGAACCCGUUCCGCCAUGUCGCCUGGAAUCAAAACAACCGCAGAGGUACGUGGGCGCCCAGUCGUAACGAGCGCGACUUGGAGGCCCAAGGAGAAGGAUCCCGUCUCAAUCACGCCGCCACCGCGCCGCAGCAAAGAACACAUGCGUCCACGACCGAUCCGAACCGAGAUCCCGAGCUCACUCAAGUCGCCGAGGAAAAGUCAAUCGGCAACGAACAUGCCUCGACUAAUAGCCUGGCCGCCGCCAAUGGUGCAGGCAUCAGAAACCGCAAACCCGAGGGCGAUGCGACCAAAUCCGUCAGCGAUAACCAGGAGGGCGAGGCAGACAUCAAGUCGUUGAAAAAGGUCAAAACAAAUGCGCUAUACCGUCCCGUACACCCCAAACAUCCGUUCACCGUGGCCAACCAGCUCCAGCGCACGUUUCUGGCCUCUUGGAUCAACAUUCUGCUCUUUGCCGCUCCCGUCGGCAUUGCCCUCAAUUACGUCCACAGCGUUAGCCCGACUGUCGUCUUCGUUGUCAACUUCAUUGCCAUCAUUCCCCUCGCUGCCAUGCUCAGCUUCGCUACCGAGGAGAUUGCUCUACGGACCGGCGAGACCCUCGGAGGUCUCAUCAACGCCACCUUUGGCAACGCUGUCGAGCUCAUUGUCGCCAUCAUCGCUCUUAUUAAGGGCGAAAUCGUCGUCGUGCAAACCUCGCUCAUCGGCUCCAUUCUCUCCAACCUGCUGCUCGUUAUGGGCUUUUGCUUCUUCUUUGGCGGCCUGCGCCGCAGAGAGCAGCAUUUCAACACGACUGUCGCGCAAACGGCCGCGUCACUCCUCGCCCUGGCCGUCGCUUCCGUCAUUGUGCCGACCGUCUUUGAGCUCAAGACGAAAGCGGACCAGACGGAAAUUGCCAAGCUGUCGCGCGGCACUGCCGUCAUUCUGCUCCUGGUGUACUUUGCGUAUCUCUUCUUCCAAUUGCAUACUCAUCUCGACGUGUUCAACGAAGAAAGCAUAAAGGUUGCUGCAAGACCGUGGACGCAUGGACAGAGCCUGAAAGAGGGCUUCUCCCAUAUGCCUGGUGCCAGCGCUCUUAUGCGCCAGAAUCGUCACAGCCAAGAGGAGCAGAAUCUGGGUUCGGCGCCCGUCGAAAACCAGACAAACCCCGAAGUGGACGAAGAAGACGAUGAAGAUGACCCCCAGCUGCACUUUUUCGUCGCCAUUGGCACCCUUCUCAUCUCCACUGUCAUUAUUGCACUAUGCGCCGAGUUCAUGGUCGACUCCAUCGACAGCCUGACCGAGACCACGGUCCUGCGCAAAGAGUUUGUCGGCCUCAUUCUGCUGCCUAUUGUUGGCAACGCCGCCGAGCACGCGACCGCCGUGACCGUCGCCAUCAAAGACAAGAUGGAUCUCGCCAUUGGCGUGGCCGUUGGCUCCAGCAUGCAGGUUGCCCUCUUUCUCAUUCCGCUCCUCGUCAUCAUCGGCUGGGGCCUCGGCAACGAGUACAUGGACCUCAGCCUGGACGAGUUCCAGGUGGCCGUCAUGUUUGUCGCCGUGCUUCUCACAAACUACCUAAUCGGCGACGGCAAGAGCCACUGGCUGGAAGGUUUCUUGCUGAUAUGCCUCUACGCCAUCAUUGCCGUUUGCUCAUUCUUUUAUCCCGACGACUCUAGCGAUGGUCGUACCGGCUAG